UGAAGUAUAUACCCGUGCAGGCGUGCAGGACAUUGUGCAGGACAAAGUGUAGUAAAAGAUGGGGUAGCUGCUAUGGAGCAAACGGCCCACAGAAAAGAAGAUGUGCUCCUUUUUGUGCCCAACCUAAUAGGUUACGUCCGUCUUGUCCUUUUACUAGCAUCCUGGAUAUUCUUUACCAAUCCAGUCCUUUUCCUGUCUUUUUACACCUCAUCAAUCUUACUGGAUGGUCUUGAUGGAAUUUUAGCACGGCAGUUAAACCAAACAUCUGCAUUUGGAGCCUGGUUAGAUGUUGUUAUCGACAAUCUUGGCAGAGGAAUGCUGUGGACCUUACUUUAUAAAUGGGCAUACUUUAUCAGUGCAUUGGAGUGGUUGGUAUUUGUGUGCACACAUACACUAGGAGCACAGUGGAAGAGCACCAAAACAAAUCCUCCUUCAUGGGUUCAAACUGUCAUGGCUAAUGGAUUCAAAACACCAGCAGGCGUGUUUGCUGUGAGUGGCCUGCAUGUGCUACCUGUGUGGCUAUAUGGACUCAAGUCACACUUGUGGACACCGUUCAUGUCACACCAUUUACAAUUGGGAGUGACUGGUGUUUUAGUUUCUGGCAGAGCUCUUUGUAUGGCUGUUGAAGUUUGGUUUAUUACAAGCCACAUAAAAGAUCUGCUAGCAGAUCAUGAACAGAAAGUACCAUCACCAAGUGCAGAUCCCUUGAUUGAAGAUGCUACCUAGAGAUACAUGCUAAAGUUCUACUACACCAAAAUGGCAUGAUGAAAUCUUGGUUUGGCUGGAUGGCUGAAAUUGAGCAUACCUGAUGCACUGAAACAUGCCUCAUGUUUUACACUUUCAUACCUGUUACUAUUAUAAAGGAGAUGUGACAAACAGUUUAUGCCAUCAUUUUUGUAACAUGCACCUAGAAGUUGCAAAGGAAGGCAGCUGCAGCCUUAACUAAAUGUGAAAUGAAUGUUAAUAUACUUGACCUACAAGCAAAAAAUGCUAUAUGGUGCAAAAGAAUUAAAGGCCAAAACGAAAAGCCUAUUACUGGUAAGUGCUGUACUGUGGUGACAACCUCCUGGGAUAAGGCCAGAAA